AUGUGCAGAGCCUUCCCCACCACAUUGAAGGGCCCCACAAGGAUCUGGUUCAGCAAGCUGACAUCCAACUCCAUUAGUUCCUUCAAAGAACUAAGUACCCAAUUCGCCUUGCACUUCAUCAGGGAACACAAAUAUAAGAAAUCUACUGCAUGCCUGAUGAACAUUAAGCAGCAAGAGGAUGAGACACUGAGGACCUACAUAACUCGUUUUAAUAAUAAGGCCCUUUCAAUCGAUGAAGCGGAUGAUAAAAUACUCGUAGCAGCAUUCACUAAUGGCCUAUGGAAGGGAAAAUUCUUAUUUUCUCUAUAUAAGAACAAUCCAAAAACCAUGUCGGAUGUGCUCUACAAGGCUACCAAAUAUAUGAAUGCGGAGGAUGCGUUAUUGGCCCAAGAAGAUAAGCCUAGAAAGAGGGAAAGACAGGAGGACACUCGGCAAGAUAGGGGGCGAAAGAUGGCUAGGAUCGAAGAACAACGGGAUGACCGACGCUCUAGACCCCCUAUUGGGAAAUUCGCAAGUUUCACAUCACUGACGGCCCCGAUAGACCAAGUCUUGAUGCAGAUAAAAGACAAAGGAGCUCUGAUAUUUCCCGGCAAGCUAAAAGGAGAUCCCAAUAAGAGGUCAAGGGAUAAGUACUACCGUUUCCACCGUGAUCACGGCCAUGACACAACCGACUACUACGAUUUGAAGCAGCAAAUAGAAGCUCUUAUAAGAUAA